AUGGAACAAAACGCAGAACGGUGUCCAUUAUGCACGAAAGACGCUGACCCAACAUUAUACGAUACGUGGCUGCAAUGCGACGGUUGUUCAACCUGGUACCACGCUCAUUGUGCUGGGAUUUCUCAAGAACAAUGCGGCUUGAUCGAACGUUACCAUUGUGCAUUAUGCACAAAAGUACACGGUCCUUCAACGUGUAUCGACUUGACAAUAUACCUGUUACUCACAUUCUCCAAAUUUACAAAAGACAAACCACAACGACGAAAAUCUGGCAGAGAACAUACACGGCUUAACUAUGCUGACCUGAACGAGGGCAAGACAGCUGAUCAGAAUAUAUGGACCAAAAUUUUAAGGGCUAAAGGGUUCGCAAACGAUCCGUUCAAACGGUACAAAGGUCAAGAGGUAACCAUGGAUCUGUUAAAGAAGACGGGCAUGCGAGAGCCGUUUAUUAUUGAACAGCCAGAUGGGCUGGAUAUGCAAAUGCCUUCGGCCAAUACAACGGUUCCUGACAUUGCCAAUGCUGUCGGCCGUGAUCAUCCACUGGAAGUCAUUGACGUGGCGACACAAUCCGAGACAACGGGUUGGGACAUGGGCCGGUGGUCUGAAUACUACGAAAGCAGCGAACGCGACAGAAUACGAAAUGUCAUUAGUUUGGAAAUCAGCGAUACGCCUUUUGCCAAAGACAUCGUUAGACCUAAAAUUGUGAGAGAUAUGGAUUGGAUCGAUCAUAUGUGGCCACAAGAGCUUAAACCAGUGGAAUACCCAAAAGUCCAACUGUACUGCCUGAUGGGCACGAAAGAUUCUUAUACUGACUUUCACAUUGAUUUCGGUGGUAGCUCGGUGUUUUAUCACAUUUUUCGAGGCUCAAAAAUAUUUUACUUCAUCGAGCCUUCAUCAAAGAACCUGAAAAAAUAUCAAAGAUGGAGCUCCUCUCCGGAUCAAAGUACCAUCUUCUUUGGCGAUGAAGUCAAAGAAUGUUUUGCGGUCCAUCUCAAGGCAGGAAAUACAAUGAUUAUACCGACGGGCUGGAUCCACGCUGUAUACACGCCAGAGGACGCACUUGUCAUUGGCGGCAAUUUUUUACAUGGAUUCAACAUCGGGACACAACUCCGAAUAUUCGAUAUUGAGGAAUUGACGGAUGUGCCGAUGAAGUUCCGGUUUCCUUUUUAUAAACGCAUCAAUUGGUAUGCUGCGCUCCGCUACUGUAGCCAACUAUCAAAUUGUGAUAGCGAGUCAUUGUCAUACUACGAAGUAGAGGGUAUUGCAGCACUAGCAGAGUGGUUAAGCAAAGAUAGGAUGAAACUCGACGAAUCUGAACGACGAAAGCGAAGCGAUAUUCCCACAGAGGUAGAGGAUCCUACCGCAUUGCUAGCAGACCUACUCUCUGGAGUUGAACGUGCUUUGGAGAAACUUUCGAAUGGCAGCAGCAAAAUGGGUGACAGCAGCAAAAAAAAGAAAAAGAACAAAAUUAUCAACGAAGAAUCCAGUAGCAGAAAGGUACCCAAAGUCAAGUUAAAGCUUAGCUCAAAACAACAGCAACAGCAACAACAGCAAGACUCCUCCAUUAGCAGUGGUAAACCACAACAAGAGGAACAACCAGCAACAACUCAGUCUACUACCACAACAACGCCCAAAAUCGUUUUAAAACUUAAACCAGCUACAGGAACACAACCACCUAUCACCACCACUACUGCUUCUGCUUCUGCUUCUACUUGGGAUGAUGUCGUUGCUGUACCUGACCAAGAUGACGACGAUGACGAUGAGUAUGAUCUCAGUGAAGCCGAGCUAACAGAUGAAGAAAUUGCACGAGAGGAUAUUGAGCUCGAUAGCGACGACGAAGAAUAUCAAGAAGAACUACAGCAAAAUCAAAGAAAUCCACCAAGAAGAAAUCCACCAUCAUCACGAAAAUCUAAUACUGCUGCUGCUUCUAGGAGUCGUAAACGAAGUAGGAGCAACGGAUCAGUUAGCAGUAGCAGCGAUGAUGAUUUGGGCACGUCGUCAAAUAAGAUUAACAAGCGUCGUCCAACAUUUGAUACCUCAUCACGUCCUCCCAAAAAGCCAAGCACCGUCAAGCAGAGAUUACUAGAACGUGUUGUUAGAGCAAAUCGUUGA